AUGUUUCCGGUUAUUUCUACACAAAAACAAAGUUUCGGUAUAAUUAAUUUAUCUUUGUUAGAAGAUAAUAAUUUUUUAAUAAAAACUAAUAGUGUCGUUGAUAAAAGUGAUAAGGAAGAUGAAAAAUUAAAUCAAAAGCAUUGGUCUUUGCCAUUGGAAAAAUAUCAUUAUGAUUUUAUUGUGAAAUGUGUCGGUAUUAUUAUGAAAGAAGCCGUUUUCGACGGUACAAAUCGUAAUUCAAAAGUUGUCCAAUGGCAAGACCCGGAAAAAUUAAAAAAAUCCUUUGAUUUUUCCUUGAAUAAAUAUUCUGAAACGGAAGGAAAAUUAUUACAUUUAAUAUCGACGAUAAUUAAGUUUAGCGUUAAAACCGGGCAUCCAUAUUUUGUUAAUCAAUUGUUUUCGGGGGUUGAUCCCUACGGAUUAAUAGGACAAUGGCUGACAGAUGCUUUAAAUCCAAGCGUUUACACUUACGAAGUUUCACCCGUGUUUUCAAUUAUGGAAGAAGUUGUAUUGGAGGAAAUGAGAAAAUUUAUCGGUUUUCCCAAUGGUAAAGGUGAUGGAACAUUUUGUCCCGGUGGUUCCAUAUCAAAUGGAUUCGGUAUAAGUUGUGCAAGAUAUCAUUUAUUUCCACAAGUUAAGAAACUUGGAAUUUAUGGUAUCGGGCUACGCUUAGUAUUGUUUACAUCUAGAGAUGCACACUAUUCAAUUGUUAAACUUGCUACCUUUAUGGGAUUAGGAUCUGAUAAUGUUAUUUCAAUAAAGACUGACGAAAGUGGGAAAAUGAAACCGGAAGAACUUGAAAAAGCGAUAUUGAAAGUUUUACAAGAAGGAGGUACACCUUUUAUGGUGUCUGCCACAUCCGGAACGACGGUUUUGGGAGCAUUUGAUCCAUUGGAUAGCAUUGCUGAUAUAUGUGAAAAAUACAAAUUAUGGUUUCAUGUUGAUGCUGCUUGGGGUGGAGGCUGCCUGAUGUCAAGUAUUCAUAAAAAAAAAUUACAAGGAAUUCACAGAACUGAUUCAGUGACAUGGAAUCCUCAUAAGUUGUUAGGAGUUCCCCAACAGUGUUCGGCUUUUUUAACAAAACAUAAAAAUUUAUUAAAAAAUGUACAUUGUGCAAAAGCUACUUACUUAUUUCAAAAAGAUAAAUUUUACGACGUCAAAUAUGACACCGGUGACAAACACAUUCAAUGUGGACGAAGAGCAGACGUCCUUAAAUUUUGGUUUAUGUGGAAAGCAAAAGGAUCUUCGGGAUUCGAAAAACAUAUAAAUAAAAUAUUUGAAACAGCUCUUUAUUUUAAAAAAUCCAUCGAAAAUAAACCUGAUUUUCAACUUGUAUUAUCUGAACCCGAGUGUACAAAUAUUUGUUUUUGGUACAUACCUCCUAGACUUCAAAAUUCAAAAUAUAAUAAUGAUGAUUUAAACAAGGUCGCUCCUCGAAUGAAAGAAAAAAUGAUGAAAGAUGGCUCCAUGAUGAUAACUUACCAACCUCUAAGACAUCUUCCAAACUUUUUUAGGUUGGUAAUAGUGAAUUCCGGAUUGGACACCCAUGACAUGGAUCGACUUAUAACGAUUAUUCAAAAUGCAGGAGCAUCAAUUUAA